AUUUUGGUUUUUAUCUAGCUUUUUUUUAUUAAGGAUAACGUUCUAUCUUCAAAAAGUUAGAUUCUUAUAAGAAAGUUUGCUAAUGCAUUCAAACCUAAAUUAAUUUCAUCUGGUAUCUUACUUAUUGUCAUCCUAUCAGGAUUAUUUGAGGAUGUAAGUGGACCGAUUUUGUAGGUUUUGCUUUUUGUCAUUGAAUGGCUAUUUAUGCCAAAGAAAAUGCUGAUAGUAGAGCAGCUCAAUCUACCCAAAGAGGCAACCGCGAUGCUGUUCAAGCCAAGGAAGGGAAUCUUCUCAGCAAGUAUAUGGUGGUUUCGAAGAAGGGUGAGGGUACCUUCUCCGAAGUUCUUGAAUGCAGAAAUCGAAGCAAUGAUGAAUCUGUGGCUGUUAAGAAGCUUAAACAGCGUUACGACAGUAUCUAUCAAUGCAAUAAAAUCCGAGAAGUCCAGGCCAUGCGCAAAUUGUCAUCACAUGCAAACAUCGUCAAGCUUAAGGAGAUGAUUUUUGAGCCUACCUCGUGCACUCUGUACCUUGUAAUGGAGCUCAUGGACAUGAAUUUAUACGAACUCAUCAGAGCUAUUAUAAAGGAUAAUAAAAAGACAGGAAAGAGACAUUACCUUCCGGAGAGCAGAGUGCGUUUCUACAUGUUACAACUCGUCGAUGCAGUUAGACACAUGCACAAACAUGGUAUCUUCCACCGAGAUGUGAAACCAGAGAAUAUUCUGGUGAAGGGAGACCUGUUAAAACUGGCUGACUUCGGCUCCUGCAGGUCCAGAGAGUCCAAACAACCAUUCACAGAGUACAUAUCAACCAGAUGGUACCGUGCGCCCGAGUGUCUGCUAACAGAUGGCUACUAUGACUACAAAAUGGACGUCUGGUCCGUCGGCUGUGUCUACUUUGAAAUAUCCACAUUGAAGCCCCUUUUCCCUGGCCAGAACGAGAUAGACCAGAUUGACAAAAUCCACAAACUCUUCGGCACACCCCCUCCAGAGGUGCUCUCCAAAUUCAAAAGGUCCCGCUCUAUGAGUUUCAAUUUCCCCCCUUGCCAGAGAGACGAGAAGACGCUGACUCAUCUGGUGGAGCCUAUGCCAUCAGACGGGGUCGAGUUAAUGUACAGGAUGUUGGAGUAUGACCCCGCGAGGAGGGUUGGUAUGGACGAGUGUCUGCAACACGCAUACCUCAAAACACUCAGGAGUGAAGUGGUGAAUGUGAGUGGGAGUGAGUUGAUGCUAUUGAGGAGUAACAAAAGAUCCAUUGCGGACUUCAUGAGUACCAAGGAUCAAGUGCUCUUUAAACCCACCAUCAGUGAUCAACUGCGGGCCCAGAGAGAAGCUAAAAGACAACAAGCAGUGAAUGCAAAUCAGGGUGGGGGAGGGGGAGGGGGGUUGAACAGUGCUGAGAGAAGAAGCGGGUCUCUCACAAACAACAACAACAUUCAACAAGGUCAUCAACAAGUGGGAGGCCCAAAUUCACAUAAUAACAGUUCUUCUAAUUCGCCAGACAAAAUAAACCCAAACAACAUCAACUCCAUAUCGCAUUCCAAGUCUAUGCUGGAACAUCAUUCGCCGCUCCGCAGAAUUUACAGAAGCUCGUCCUUACAGAAGAAAAACACCAGACACCGGACGGAAUUGCAGCCCUUCUUUGCCUCAAAAUAUGCAGGGGGAGGAGCAAUGAAUGGUGCAGCGCCCAAUGCUAUUGGGGGUGGGGGCACAAAUAGUAAACGACUGCAACUCAGCAACAGUUUCCUGUCACAUACAUUCAACCAACCCGCAUUCCACGGAACAACCACUAACUCAAAGUACCUUCAAGGCUCCAAUCCCGGUGGCGGUGGUUCGAAUCCCGCCGGGAUUCAAUUACCGUACUUGGGCGGGAACAGCAACAACUAUCAAGUGUCGUAUCAGAGAUAUCAGAACGAACUGAAAAAGAAACCCAACACCCUACCACAGUCAAACUUGCCCAAAAUUGAGGGGUGAUUUUUAGAAUUAACCCAAAAUAUAUCCCUCGAUAAACCUCCAGUUGCCCAAUUAGUCCAUCCAAUUAAGUUGUCAUUUAUAACUCUAAAACGACAUCAAACAUACUGAAAAGUGAUCUAUAGUUACAGCUACUGAAUUGAAAUUGUUGCUAAUUUGUCUAUAUUUUGAAAUUUUGGUUCUCUAUUUUUCUAUUGUUUUACUUUACAGUACAGAAUUCCGGAUUGAAUGAUUUAUGUAACAUAAAUUCACAAUUUUGCAGA